AAUCCCACAAGCACCGUUCCUUAAUUUACUACCUUACAUACAAUACAAACAAAAUUCCCAGAAUCAGCUACACGUCAUCUGUUUCCAUGGCUGAUUCUGAUCCAUCUUCUGUAUUCUAGCUCUCACAACGCUUGCUUUCAGUUACAUCGGUUUCGUCGCUCAAAAAUCCCCUCAAGUUUCAAACCCCCGUCCGCCAUGGAAGAGUCGAAGAAGACGAUCCCGCCGUACAUGAAAGCCGUCUCCGGUUCGCUCGGCGGCAUCGUGGAGGCGUGUUGUUUGCAGCCCAUCGACGUGAUCAAGACGCGGUUGCAGUUGGAUAGGAGUGGGAAUUACAGGGGGAUACUCCACUGCGGCGGCGCCGUGUGGAGAAACGAGGGCGUGAGGGCGCUUUGGAAAGGGCUGACGCCGUUCGCGACGCACUUGACGCUCAAGUACGCGCUCCGGAUGGGGUCGAACGCGGUGUUGCAGGGGGCGUUUAAGGACACCGACACGGGGACGCUGAGCAAUAGGGGUAGGGUUAUGGCUGGAUUCGGUGCUGGGGUCCUCGAAGCUCUCGUCAUCGUUACUCCGUUUGAGGUUGUGAAAAUUAGACUUCAGCAACAGAGAGGACUAAGCCGAGAGCUUCUAAGGUACAAAGGUCCUGUCCAUUGUGCCCUCACAAUCACCCGUGAAGAAGGCCUCUUCGGGCUGUGGGCGGGAGCCGCCCCGACCGUGAUGCGUAACGGCAUGAACCAAGCCGCAAUGUUCACGGCCAAAAACGCGUACGAUGUAGUGUUAUGGAACAAAUACGAAGGCGACGGCAAAGUCCUCCAACCAUGGCAGUCCAUGGUAUCGGGUUUCCUCGCGGGAACGGCCGGUCCGAUAUGCACCGGUCCAUUCGAUGUCGUGAAAACGAGGUUGAUGGCUCAGAGCGGAGACGGGGUGAAGUAUAAAGGCAUGUUCCAUGCUAUCCGGACUAUAUAUGCCGAGGAAGGGCUUCGUGCUUUGUGGAAAGGACUGGUUCCUCGGUUGAUGAGAAUACCACCAGGCCAAGCCAUAAUGUGGGCUGUUGCUGACCAAGUAACCGGACUUUACGAGAGGAGAUACCUUCAUCCUGCACCUUUGUAGACUCGGGUUUGUUCGGUUUUGAACACCGUUUGAAAACUCGUUUAUAGCCUUUUUGAAAUCUUAGACGGCGUCAAGUUGAUAUUGUGGUACUUUCUUUAACUCUUUUUCCGGUGGUCGGAGUUAACGGAGAGAGAAUUAGUUUAUCAUAGCAAUGCCGGAAUCCGUUUCUUUUACCUUUCUAAACCGUUCGACAUUAUAUAUGUUGC